CCGCCGAUGAUAAGCACGUCAAAAUACUCAAGAGGAAGAGAGUGGCCCUUCAGUCGUCUCCCCCUUUAAGCCGUUCGCCGAACUUUUUGCCCUUCGUAUUUUGAUGUUCGCCCAACCUACCUUUGCUGGGGCGCUCGUGUCAACCUACUCCGCCGGACGCUCGCCUCAAGCCGCCUUCCGCUAGUCCGCCAAACUCACAGCAAGCUAGUGAGUAUCCCUGGUAUUGGCAAAGCGGUCUAGAGUUUAGGGGUCCAUAGGCAUUGCAGCUAUUUGAUAAAAACAUUGGGCCGCAAUUCAGUCUUACUUGACCUUCCAAUCUUCUUUCUUUCUGUAUCUUCAGGUUCAGACCUCUUGAUUCUCCACAGUCACCAUGGCGGUUUUAUCGACCUUUGGGCUGUUUGCUCUUUUUGGCAUUGUUGUUGCGUAUGUAAUCAAUCGCUUGACACAGUCGAACAAUGGUCGCGGCCGGCCACUGCCUCCAGGUCCCAAGGGCUUGCCGCUGCUUGGUAAUGUCAACGACCUGCCAAAACCUGGGAUGCUUGAAUGCCACCACUGGCUGAAGCACAAGGAUUUAUAUGGCCCCAUUAGCUCUAUCACGGUACUCGGCCAGACGUUUGUUAUUAUCAACGAUGCACAGAUUGCAAUCGAGAUGCUCAGAGACCGGGCGGCCCUUCACUCUGCUCGUCCGCACAUGGUCUUCAGCAGUGAUAUGAUUGGAUGGAAGAACACUCUUGCCUUCAGCGGCUACACGGAUACCUUCAAGCUUCACCGGAAGAAUAUCGCCAAGGUUGCGGGCAGCACCACUUCCCUGAAAGUGUUCGAUCGUGUUCAGGAGGAGGAGGCUGUCCAUUUUCUCCUCAAUCUUCUGUCUUCUCCGGAAAACUUGUUCGAUCACAUCAAGAAGGAAGCUGGAGCAGUUAUCCUAAAGAUUACCUAUGGCUACAACGCAGAGCCGCAUGGCAAAGAUCUUCUCGUGGAUAUGGCGGGCAAGACUAUGCAUGAGUUCGCCGACGCAACGGUUGCUGGAAAAUGGCCUGUAGACAUUAUGCCUUUCUUGAGAUAUGCCCCCGAAUGGCUGCCGGGUACUGGGUUCAAAGCUACCGCCCGCGCGAUGACUGCUCAACUACGACAAACCACCGAGCAGCCCUACGAGUUCGUCAAGCAGCAAAUGCGCGAAGGAAAACACAAGACGUCAUUUUUGUCCCAGGCUAUCGAGAAUUCUACUCCUGAGAUGGAGCAACUUCACAAAUGGUCUGCAUCGUCCAUGUACCUCGGCGGCGCCGACACGACUGUCUCCGCUCUAAUGACCUUCUUCUUGGUUAUGACCCUGUACCCUGAUGUUCAGAAGAAAGCUCAAGAGGAGCUCGAUCGCGUCAUCGGAAGUGGUCGUCUACCUACCAGUGCCGACAAAGGAACCCUGCCAUACAUCGACGCAGUCGUCAACGAAACACAUCGCUGGCAUCCAGUUGCACCCAUGGCACUGCCCCAUUCCAGCACUGAGGAGGAUACUAUUCGAGGCUACCGCAUUCCCAAGGGCGCACUCUUGCUCCCGAACAACUGGUGGUUCACUCACGACCCGGCAGUCUACCCCGACCCCGAGCAGUUCCGCCCAGAGCGUUUCUUGGACACGCCUACGCACAAGGCUGAACCUGAUCCGCGCACUUGGACAUUUGGAUACGGUCGUCGUGUGUGCCCAGGGCGCUAUGUCGCUGACAACGCCUUGUUCAUCACCAUCGCCCAGGUGCUAGCGGUUUUCAACAUCGAGAAGCCAGUCGACGCGAACGGGAAGCCGGUGGAGCCAGCACUAGAGUUCGAGCCAGGUGUCGUCAGCCACCCAGUGCCGUAUCGUGCCAUCAUUAAACCGAGGAGUGAGGUUCAUGAGAAGUUGAUCAAACAGUCGGAACUGCAGUAUCCGUGGGAGCCGAGUGACGCGAAGGCGUUGGCGACUGUGAAGUGGUAGAUAGACAUCGCACGAAAAUCAAAUUGUCAUCUCAACUCAAAAUUCAACCACCUUUUGCCUACUGCAUACAUGAUAGCGCUGCUGUGAACAUCAUAACGCACGGGACAAUGCACGUGGAUGGCGCGAUACCCUAGCAAUACGAGG